UUGCAGCGUGUUGCAGCCGACUGCGCGUCGCUCAUUCAUCUUCCUUCAUGUCGCCGUGUGUUUAUCUCACGCACUUUUCGCCCUGAACUGUUUCCGCCUCACUUGAAAUCUGUUGUUUGCAAUCUGCAAUUUGCAAACAUCACACACUUCAAUGGAGAAGGCCAGCGGCUUCUCGUCGGACCGGACCGUCCUCUGCCUGUUUGACGUGGACGGUACUUUGACUCGGCCCAGAGAGAAAAUCGAUCCACAGCUGGACGAGUUCUUCCAGACGCUGAGGAGGAAAGUGAAGAUCGGCAUCGUGGGAGGGUCCGACUACUCCAAGAUCGCGGAGCAGCUCGGGGAGGGGGAUGAAGUGAUACACAAGUUUGACUACGUGUUUGCUGAGAACGGGACAGUUCAGUUCAAAGACGGGAAACUCCUCUCAAAGCAUGCCAUUCAGAACCACAUUGGAGAGGAGCUGCUGCAGGACCUGAUAAACUUCUGCCUCAGGUACAUGGGGCUCAUCAAGCUGCCCAAGAAAAGGGGGACCUUCAUCGAGUUCAGGAAUGGAAUGCUGAACAUUUCUCCCAUCGGUCGGAGCUGCACACAAGAGGAGCGGAUCGAGUUCUCCGAGAUCGACAAGAGAGAGAAGAUCAGGGAGAAGUUUGUUGCUGCACUGAAGGAGGAGUUUGCUGGAAAAGGACUGAGGUUCACAAAAGGAGGCCUGAUCAGCUUUGACAUCUUUCCGGAGGGAUGGGACAAGAGACUGUGUCUAGAGCGUCUGGAGAGCGAGGGACUGGACGCCAUCUACUUCUUUGGCAACGAGACCACAGACGGAGGAAACGACUAUGAGAUCUUCAACGACCCGCGAACCAUCGGGUUCACGGUUUUCUGCCCGGAGGACACGGCGAGGCUCUGUCAGGAACUGUUCCUCGCUCCUCCACACGAGUCCUGACGACGCCGGGAAGCGCCUGCCCCUCGGCCUCCACCCUGACCUCUGACCUCUGACCUCUGGGCAACAAGCACCUUAACCUGCUGCACGCAGAGCGUUUGGACUAACUUUAAAAAAAGGAAGUAAAUUGUUUGUGUUGAUGUGUUAAACAAUGUGCCAAAUGAGAUGAAGAGGAUUUUAUAGACGAAGGCGACAGACCCAUGUUUUGUGCUAAUGUUGAUGAUUUUAACCAGGAUGUGAGAACGUCCUUAAACACUAACAGCAGGUCUUUUUAAACCCAGAUGUGAUUUUAAUGACGUCUUAACGAAGACGUGGACCAGUUUUCCUUUUAAGUCCCUGAUUGUGUAGAUGCCACGUGUCUUAACCAUGUUUGUUGAAUAAGAUGAAGGCUUAUCAUGUUUCUAUUUGAAGCCGAACCAGUGACUCACCGUCGGCUCCUUCUUGUUGGUUUUGUCAGAUUUUUUCAAUAAGGAAAACGAGGCUGUGUGAACUGGACUCACGGUUCUGAAGGCGGGUACUGUAGCCGUAAGCGCUCCGUCACAGCUGAAGCUGGAACAUGUUGAUCACUCUGUCACAAUAAAUUAUUUCAUGCCUUCA